AUACACUGCCGAUGUAGUUGGAGAUGGCGCGCUGGCCAGAGUCGUCUGUAUUGGCUGGCCUCGUCGUUAGAUUGCCGCUGCUGUUUUGUGAUGAUGAUGGCGUGACGUCAUGGCCAUCGGUUGACGGCAGCGUAAUCGGAGGGGCGUCCGAAUUGGGCCCAACUUGCAACAAAAUGUUGCGGUUGGUGGCGAGGCAGGUACUGGAGAGGCUGAUCUGUGAGUGUAUUGACAGCGGCAGCCUGGAUGUUGAUGGCGACGACGAUAGGGACUUCAAAUUUCGCCCAUUUGGCAGGAAUUGGAUGGCGAAAUUGACGUGGCACCUGCUGGAGAGGCAUCUCUAUCGGAGGCGUGGCAGUGACAGCCUGUGGACUGGAUGUUGUUGGCGACGGCGAAAGGGCCUUCAAAUUUCGCCCAUUUGGCAGGAAUUGGAUGGCGAAUUUGGUGUGGCAACUGCUGGAGAGGCAGCUCUAUCGGAGGCGUGGCAGUGGCUGCUCUGGACCUGUGCGGUGGAUUGUCAGGAGCGUCGUCAAUAAAUCCUAAAAUGUCGUCCAAUUGGCAUCAGAUGUGUGGUGUUGAUGACGGGGCAGCUGCUGAAGGGGCAGAUCUGUCGGAGGCGUGGCAGGUACGUGUGAUUAUUUUGGUGUUUUGUCCAUAUUUUGUUGGUAUGCGAAUUUACGUCAUUUUGUUUUAUUUCAGUGGCUGCUCUGGACCUGUGCGGUGAAUUA